AUGGGGUGUACCUUGACGGUGCAGGACAAGGUGGCACAGGAGAGGAGUAAAAUGAUUGACAAAAAUUUACGGGACGCCGGAGACAAGGCAUCGAGAGAAGUUAAAUUGCUUCUCCUGGGUUCGGGUGAAUCAGGAAAAAGUACCAUUGUAAAACAGAUGAAAAUCAUUCAUGAGUCGGGCUACUCAGAGGAGGAGUGCAAACAGUACAAAGCAGUUGUCUACAGCAACACCAUCCAGUCCAUCAUAGCCGUAGUCAGAGCCAUGGAGCGGCUGAAGAUAGACUUUGCUGACCCAGCCAGAGACGAUGAUGCUCAGCAGCUGUGUGUGCUGGCGGGCUCCGCAGAUGAAGGCUACAUGACUGGAGAGCUGGCUGGGAUCAUCCGCCGCCUGUGGAACGAUGGAGGGGUGCAGUCCUGCUUCCUCCGCUCAAGGGAGUACCAGCUCAAUGACUCGGCCAGCUACUACCUGAAUGACUUGGACAGGAUAUCCAGUGGCAGCUACGUCCCCACACAGCAGGAUGUUCUGCGGAGCAGGGUGAAGACUACUGGCAUCGUGGAGACUCACUUUACUUUCAAGGAUCUGCACUUCAAAAUGUUUGAUGUGGGGGGCCAGAGGUCUGAGAGGAAGAAGUGGAUUCACUGCUUUGAGGGAGUGACUGCCAUCAUCUUCUGUGUGUCUCUGAGUGAUUAUGACCUGAUGUUGGCUGAAGAUGAGGAAAUGAACCGGAUGCACGAGAGCAUGAAGCUGUUCGAAAGCAUUUGCAACAACAAGUGGUUCACUGAGACCUCCAUAAUCCAGUUUCUCAAUAAGAAGGACCUGUUUGAAGUAAAGAUCAAAAGGAGUCCUCUCACUAUCUGUUACCCAGAGUACACAGGAGGGAACACAUAUGAGGAGGCCGCUGCUUUUAUCCAGUCUCAGUUUGAGGACUUAAACAAAAGGAAAGACACUAAAGAGAUUUACAGUCACUUUACUUGUGCAACAGAUACCAAAAAUGUGCAGUUUGUCUUUGAUGCUGUCACUGAUGUUAUCAUCAAGAACAACUUAAAAGAUUGUGGUCUCUUCUAGAUUUAGUCAUCUUAUGGUGAGUGCUCUUAAGAGGAACCAAAUAAUGAUGAACAUUCUACUUUCUACUACUUCCGUAACACUAGGGUUAAUAUUAGAUUUUGGGUUAGGGUUUGGGCCCCUAUAGUUAAGGUCUUUUAUAUUG